UUUCUCGACCUCAUCCAACGGCUCUCGCGCCUCGUGGCCGAUCGUGCGGCUCAGAUCGAGUCUCUGGAUGCUGGGCUGCUGAAGCUGGGGAGGAGCGGGGAUGUGGCGGGGGCGAAGUCGGGCAGGAGGAAUGUCGAGACUGAGUUGAAGGAGAGUGGGAGGGAGAUUGCUGCUGUGGUGGGCAAGAUCGAGGCUCUUCCCAAGGUUCCUGCUGGUCCCCUUCGCACAGUGCAAACCUUAGUGGCAAAGGAUAAGGAACGCGCAGAAAGGGCUGUCGCCAAGCACACUGUUGCGGUGGAAGCGUAUGAAAAGAAGGCUCCUGCCAAGGAGAUCGACGCCAAGAUUGGCCCGAUGCAGCAGCGACUGGCUGCUCUGAAGGCAGAGAUCAAGGAUCUGUUGGAGGGGUAUGGAGGGGGGAAGUGCGAUGCAGCAGCAGCUGGCGGCUCUGAAGGCAGAGAUCAAGGAGCUGGUGAUGGCUCUGGAGGAGUGAAGGGUGUGAGGCGGGAAGGUGAGGAUGGGGAUGGAGGCUUGCGGGAUGAAUGGGAGGAGGGGAUUUUGAAGGGUGGGGGCGUGGGGAGUGGUGGAGAGGGCGGAGCAGCGGCGGAGGGUUUUUCCGCGGAGGCGGUGCUCCGCCAGGCGGAGCAGCAGGCGGCGGAGCGCAGGCGCGGCGCAAGGCUGCGCGCCGCUCCCCCGGUGUAUUUCUUUCCGCGACGGUCGUGGGGUGUGACUAUAGCGAGAUACGGCGCGGUCGUGGCAGCGGGAUUGGCGGCGGGAAUGGCGCUAGAGACAUGGAUUCGACAAAAGGUAGCAGAGGAUGGUGGCUAUGUGAUGGGGAAGAAGGGAGCAGCAAACCAUUAG